AUGCUGCCCGUGCUGCUGCUGCUGCUGGCGGGCCUGGCCCCCACCCUGCCCGCCGGUCCCCACUGGGCAUAUGAGGCCCGUUGGGAAUGUCCCCGGCCGGGGGCUGGCACCGCUUGUCCUCCUGUGGGGAGAAACGAGGGCGUUCGGGGACACGGGCUUGGGGAAAGCGGCAUUCCCGACGUGAGGAGGAUCCCCCCGGACACUGGGACCCCCCCCUCCCCAGGUCCCCACGGGCAGCAGCACUGGCCCGAGGGGCACCCGGCAUGCGGGGGGCGAGCCCAGUCCCCCAUCGACAUCCGGACGCAGCGGGUGCAACCGGACCCUUCGCUGCCCCCCAUCCGCCCCGUGGGCUACGAGCGCCCCGGCCCCGCGCUCCUCACCCUGAGCAACAACGGCCACACGGCGGUGCUGGAGCUGCCGCCGUCGCUGCGGCUGCGGGGGCUGCCCCGGAGCUUCGCCGCGGCGCAGCUUCACUUCCACUGGGGCCGAGCGGGGCGGCGCGGAGGGGCCGAGCACCUCCUGGAUGGGCACCGGGCGCCCGCGGAGAUGCACGUGGUGCACUACGACGCGGAGCACUACGGCAACGCCAGCGAUGCGCAGCACCACGGCGGGGGCCUGGCUGUGCUGGGGGUGCUGCUGGAGGUGGGUGCUGACCCCCACCCUGCCUAUGACAACAUCCUGAGGCACCUCGGCAGCAUCCGCUACGCCGGGCAGGCGACGGCCAUCCCCUCCUUCAGCAUCCAGGACCUGCUGCCGUCACGCCUGGAUCUCUACUAUCGCUAUAACGGGUCCCUCACCACCCCCCCGUGCUUCCAAAGCGUCCUCUGGACGCUCUUCCAGCAGCCCGUCCACAUCAGCCUGGCCCAGCUGGAGCAGCUCCAGGGAACUCUUUAUGCCACGGAGGCAAGUGAGCCCGAGCCCCAGCUCCUGGUGGACAACUUUCGGGUGCCCCAAGAGCUCAACCAGCGGCGGGUGCUCUCCUCCUUCCCCAGGGCACCCGAGGGGUAUUCAACAGGUGAAGUCAUCGCCAUCCUCAUCGGUGCCGUGUGCGGCUGCAUCGGCCUCUUCCUCAGCAUCCACUUUGUGGGCAAAAGGAUGCGCAGCGCGAGGAGGACGCAGGAGCAGGACGUCGUGUUCAAAGCCUCCUCCCAUCGUACCCCCUCCAACAACAGCCACCCCUGAGCCCCCUCGGGGGGCUCGGAGGGACCCCCCCGGGGCUCAGCCCCAUGGAGUGACAGAAAUAAAGCCCCUUCCCUA